CCCCCUCUCCGAAUCCCUCCUCAACAUACAUCUUAUCCAUCUCUUCUUCCUCGAGGCUUUUAGUAUUUAUUUCACCCGUAUAUACACUCGCCUAAUUACACCCACCCAACCCGGCGGUAGCUUCACAUUGCAAAUAUUCCAUUGCCAUGCAACGAGACCAGAACUCGGACAGGACAACACGCUCAAGCCUCGACGAGCAGCAUUCCACAGACACCUACAUUGACGCGUCUCCUACAGCGGAUCGGCAGCCAAGCGCUGAAAGUCAAUUACCUCAGUGUUCUGCACCAAAUCCUGCACCAUGCCCCAAGACAUCGGACUCCGAACCUCCCUCACCGUCGCGCUUUAAGAGCCUGAUUGCGCCUUUCAAACUUAGUCUUGUUCUCGAGAAUAAGGGCAAUGUUGCCCGCGACCACCUGGCUUCGGAGCGGACGUACCUAGCCUACGUCAGAACCAGCCUGGCUUGUUCGAGCGCCGGUGUCGCUCUUGUGCAACUUUUUACGCUUUCCGCCAACACGCUGAACACACCUGGAAUAAACUUGGAGCAAUGGGCACGGCCGUUAGGAGCGGUGAUAAUCCUCCUUGGCCUUUUGGUCCUUAUCUACGGGGUCGUCCGGUACUUUACAACGCAAGCCGCUCUCAUUCGCGGCUACUAUCCAAUUGCCAGAAACUCUCUUACCGGCCUUGCCUUCGUGCUUGGGACCAUCAUAGGUGUUGUUUUUGGCAUCCUCGUCGCCGGCACGAAGUAUUAGGCAAGCACACCGUCUCAACACCCCCAUUACUCUUGCGCUCAGCCUCGACAUAUGCGACACGGCUGCGGUUGAUGUUCUCGCUGCAGUGGGCGACAACCU